AGGCGACAUCGAAGCAAGAGGUGAACGUGUGCCCUGAUACGGAUGAUAUUCUAGCGUCGCAGAGCUUUCCCGUUAUCUGAGAAUGAACAUGCAGCAGUCUCUGGUGAUGAGUCCAACUUCCGAGGAGGAUUUCUCCUGGGCCCAGACCGAGAGCAUGAGUGGUUUCUGUCCAUCACCCUCUUCGGACGAUUCGCAGUCUUCCCUCUUGGAGAAUGGAGGCAGCGAUAAGGAUGACAAGAAGAAAUCCUCGACCUACAAACACGUGCCACACCGUGAAAAACCUCCGCACUUGGUCGCACGCAGGAACGCGCGGGAGCGUCGGCGCGUUCAGGCCGUGAACGGUGUUUUCGCCAAAUUGCGGAAGUGCGUGCCCAUCGAGAACCGCUCGAAGCGACUUUCGAAAGUGAAAACUCUGCACAAGGCCAUCGAAUACAUCGCGGCCCUUCAGAGACUCCUGGCAGAAUCAGAUCCAGUGACCAAGGAUCGUCAGAACAACAACAAUUCGAACUCCAGUAUCGCCACAACGAUAAUUAGCCACAAUAACGACGACAACAACAACAGCAACAGCGCUGCGCCAAACUCACCAAAUGCCGCGUUCACGCAAAUCGGUGAAGUGAGCUCAACUUCAUCGUUCAAACAGGAGCUUGUGCCUCAAUCCGGAUCGGUACCCUGGAGUUCUCCGACUGACCAGUUCCCAGCCGGACAGGAUUACCCAUAUAUGACCUCGUUCCCGACCUAUAGUGACGGUCACACUUACCAGCAAGAAUCGCAUUACCACUGCGCACCCGUAUACGUGUAUCCUCCAGUCUCGGCGCGGAUUUCGCCGUGUUGA